AUGACUUUCGUUACAAAUACGGGCACUCUCAUCUCAACCAGCAAAAGGGCGGAUCGCCCAAAACCAAAGUUUCUAGAAGCUGCCACCAUAGAGGCUCAAUGGGGGAAUGAUGGGCUUGUUGAGCCAGGGUACGUCUUGGUCGCUUACAGCAUCGGAGAUGAAACGUACCUAGGAAAGUCAGCCGUCCGAAUAUUUCGUCCAACUGCACUACUUCUCAAGUUAGAAGAGCUUUACGAUGUUAUCCCGGUCCCGAAGGCUCAAUUGAGGCCUCUCUAUGAAGAGGGUUUAACAAUUGCCCCAGAUCCCCUCCCAGAGGGUACCUACGUGAAGCAACCUCGGUACUGUGAGUACGAUCCGAACUACCCAGAAUUGCUUCCUGAUACAAUUAUCAGCGAAGCACGGAACAACGAGUUACUGUUAUCCAAUCCUCAUCCCAACAUUGCUAAAUACCACGGUUGUCAGGUCAAAGAUGGUUAUAUUACAGGUCUCUGUUUUGACAACUAUCGGCCAUUAUCAUUGGUAGUUGAUCCCGACCAUAAAGGCAAGCUACUCUUUGAUGCUGACAUGCGGCCUCUAAAAGAUUUGAAUCUGUACCUACAAGGUAUUAGAGAUGGAAUCAAACACCUGCAUUCUCUUGGCAUGGCUCAUAAUAACUUGGCCCUUCAUUCUGUGGGCAUCCGUCCUGGGUCAAACGAUGAUAUGGCAAUUAUUGCAGAACUCGAAAUGUGUCAACGUUUCAACACACCAAUAGAGAGAGAUUCCAGGGUGGAAGAUUGGUCUGAUCUAACAAUCAACGCAUCUCUUCCAAGUAACGAUACAGAUGCGAUCGAAGAACUGGAGCGAUAUCUGACAGGCGACAAAAACUACAGAUUCGGGGCAUGA